GGGUUGGAGAGAGGACCCAAAAAUCAGUUUUCCACUUUCAGCAAUUUUAUCACAACUAUCAACCAAAAGAAAGAAGGCAUCGCAAACAGAAAUUCAUCUACGCAACUUGUUAUACCCAGCAUCAAAACCGUGAGAGACCUACCAUCUUUUUGCCUCGAUGUACGACAAAAGCAGCGCAUCUCUAUAGAUACACUACCCCACGAACUGAAAGCGCCGAUUCCUCCUGAACCUUCCCUUCCCAUCCGAAACAAAACUGUGAAGGAUUUUCAGGAUGAUGUGGAAAAAGCUAAGUCAUCAGGAGAUUGGAAAGCUCUACAUGAUUUUUAUUCUACAACAUUUGAUUCUUUCCUGGAGAUAAAUGCUGCAUUUAAGAAAGAUAGCAAUUCUCUAUUUAAUACCAUUGAGGACUCUGGAAUCGAUGCAAAAUUUGUGAAUGUUGUCUAUGAUGCCUUAUUAAAUACUCCUCAAGAUGUUCAGAAGUCAGUCCUAAAAGGAAUAAUUAAUGGUCUACUGCAAGAAUGGAAAGGACCACGAACAAAAGAUGAUCUUAGAGCAUACUGCAUACUUUUGCAGAAUCCUCAAUUUAGUAACACUUCUACUUAUGUCAUCUAUGCUCACUUGCUAAGACAGAUAGCAGCCUUAACAGAAGCUGACCAUCAUUUCCUAGUGCACUGGUCUAAAAAGAUUUCACAGAGGAGAUUCAAGCAGCUGGUGGACAGGCUACUGCAAUUUAUUUCUUUACGCCUGUUUCCUGCAAAACCUGAAGAGUUUCCACCCAUGGUGAAGUGUACCUGGUGGAUUCCAUCAGCAACCAAAGUCCUGGCUUUAUUUAAUGCUGCAAAUAGUCUGAUCAGUCCUCCUAUUAUUUCAUAUACGGAUUUCUAUAAUUCUACACUUGAUCAUAUUGAUCUUAUGGAAGAAUAUCAUAACUGGCAAUGUUAUGGAAAUUCUCACAGGUUUUCUUUCUGCCAAUAUCCAUUUAUCAUUUCUAUAGAGGCAAAAAAGGUUAUUAUUCAAAGGGACUCAGAACAACAGAUGAUAAGUAUUGCACGGCAAAGCCUUGUGGAUAAAGUCUCUCGCAGACAGAAGCCUGACAUGAAUAUGUUGUUCCUAAAUGUGAAAGUGAGGAGGACGCACCUUGUUAGUGAUUCACUUGAUGAGCUAGCAAGGAAGCGGGCAGAUCUGAAAAAGAAGUUGAAAGUCACGUUUUUAGGGGAAGCUGGUCUUGAUAUGGGUGGCCUGACAAAAGAAUGGUUUCUUCUUCUGAUUCGCCAGAUUUUUCACCCAGAUUAUGGCAUGUUCACCUACCACAAGGACUCGCACUGCCAUUGGUAAUGCGAUAACUAUUCUGAAUUCCGAUUGGUUGGAGCUCUUAUGGGACUUGCUGUAUAUAAUAGCAUCACCUUGGAUAUUCGUUUCCCACCCUCUUGUUACAAGAAAUUAUUGAGCCCUCCCGUUGUUCCUUGUGACCAUAACACACUUGUAGGCAUCUGCAAUGUCACAUUAGAUGACCUGUUUCAGGUUAUGCCUGAAUUGGCCCAUGGAUUAAGUGAACUUCUGUCCUAUGAAGGCAAUGUCGAAGAGGAUUUUUACUCAACCUUUCAGGUUUUUCAGGAAGAAUUUGGUGUUAUAAAAUCUUACAACUUAAAGCCAAAUGGAGAUAAAAUUCCAGUCACAAAUCAGAAUAGGAAAGAGUAUGUCCAGCUCUACGUUGAUUUUCUUCUCAACAAAUCAAUCUACAAACAAUUUGCAGCUUUCUAUUACGGAUUUCAUAGUGUCUGUGCUUCAUAUGCAUUACUGCUACUUCGUCCAGAAGAGGUUGAAAUUCUUGUCUGUGGCAGUCCUGAACUGGAUAUGUCUGCUUUACAGCGAAGUACGCAAUAUGAGGGCUACCAAAAAACUGAUCUUACUAUACGGUAGGCUUAUCUUUUUUUCAUUCUAAUUACUGAGUUUGAAAACAUCAUGCUGUUG